UGGGGAGGAAAGGGAGGUAACUCUACAGGAAACGAAGAGCAGAUCGCAAGCAGACUGGAGACAGGGGUGCCCACAAAAAGGGACUUUUUCGGGGACUCGGGUCCCAUCCGGCGGCCCUACGCACCUCAUCAGCGACCACACCCGGGCCACCAUAGUCGCUCGACUUCACGCGCAAGGACACUCGACUCGUCCGCCGCUUCCGGUCGCGACGCCGCAGAGACCUCUGGGAGGCGUAGUCUUUCUUGUGCGACGCAGAGUCCCCUGGGAGUGGUAGUCUCUUAGGACGCUGAGACUCCAGAGAAGGGCUACGGUCUCGCCGCGAAGGGCCUCUGGGAAAUGGACGCCUAAGGACCCGGGCCGCUGCAAGGCUGCCUGGGAAAUGUAGUCAGCACCGCGCUGUUUGCGUCCGGCCGCGGAGCCUCCUGGAAAAUGUAGUCCGGCCCGGCCUAACCCAGCCCUACCAACGUGAGGGGAACGAGGCGUCGGGUGCUUGGACUGAAGCCUGAAGGUGACCCGAGAAGAAGUCGGAGCCCGAGAGAUCCGCCCGCGCCCGCGCGGGGGACUAAGGACCAGGACCUAGAAAGACUGCCCAUAGAAGGUGGUUGUCACGGCAACGCGAGGGCGGAAUUGUUCGAAACCGGCCGUCCCGUCACGUGAUGGAUUCGGGGGCGGGCAUUCCGCCCAGGGGGCGGGGCCGCGACUGGGAGGUGGAGACCAGGCGGGGACUGUUGCCCGGCGACGCUCCGGCGCUGGGUCCCCGCGGCCCGGCCCCUCCCCGCGAGGAGGUGGGCUUGGAGUCAGGUGACCCGGGCCCUGCGGGAGGGGGCGCGGUCGGGGACCCGGCAGGAGGCGGCCGGGAAGAGAGCGUCGUGGGACGUUCGCGUGGCUCCCAAGCCGGGACCCCAACCCCGCUGGACAGUGGGGGAAACUGAGGCCUGAGUGGGCCCACGGAGGACCAUGAAGGUGCUUCUCCUCACAGGGCUGGGGGCCCUGUUCUUUGCCUAUUAUUGGGACGACAACUUUGACCCAGCCAGCCUCCAGGGAGCCCGAGUGCUGCUGACAGGGGCCAACGCUGGAGUCGGCGAGGAGCUGGCCUAUCACUACGCACGCCUGGGCUCGCACCUGGUGCUGACUGCCCACACUGAGGCCUUCCUGCAGAAGGUGGUAGGGAACUGCCGGAAGCUGGGCGCCCCCAAGAUCUUCUACAUCGCAGCGGACAUGGCCUCCCCUGAGGCGCCCGAGAGCGUGGUACAGUUUGCGCUGGACAAGCUGGGCGGGCUGGAUUAUCUCGUGCUGAACCACAUCGGCGGCGCCCCGGCCGGCACGCGGGCCCGCAGUGCCCAGGCAACGCGUUGGCUCAUGCAGGUCAACUUUCUGAGCUACGUGCAACUGACGUCCCGGGCGUUGCCCAGCCUGACGGACAGCGAGGGCUCCCUGGUGGUGGUGUCUUCGCUGCUCGGUGCGUGCGCUCGGCCCCGGCUCUGCGGGACAGGGAGUGGGGAGCUCGAUGCGGGUGAGCCUGGAGGGCCUGAGCAGGUUUUCCGGAGGAGGGGUUGCCGCUCAGCCGCCGCCGUCCGCGUCCUCAGGCCGCGUGCCCGCGUCGUUCUCCACCCCGUACUCGGCGGCCAAGUUCGCGCUGGACGGCUUCUUCGGCUCCCUGCGGCGGGAGCUGGACGUGCAGGACGUGAACGUGGCCAUCACCAUGUGCGUCCUGGGCCUCCGAGAUCGCGCCUCCGCCGCCGAGGCAGUCAGGGGAGUCACGAGGGUCAAGGCGGCCCCCGGGCCCAAGGCGGCCCUGGCCGUGAUCCGCGGCGGCGCCACGCGCGCGGCCGGCGUCUUCUACCCGUGGCGUUUCCACCUGCUGUGCUUGCUCCGGCGCUGGCUGCCGCGCCCGCGGGCCUGGUUCAUCCGCCAGGAGCUCAACGUCACGGCCGCAGCUGCAGCCUGAGCACCAAGGGGUACCCCUCCACGUCCCGGACGGGACCGCUCCUACCUCCAACUGUCCCUGGAGCCAGGACGCUCACAAGAGACACCCCUGAGAGGGUGGCCACAGCCCAAGAUAAAGUCAUCAAGACAGAAAAGCAAAACCCGGAAAAACGACGGGCGCCUGGAACCAAUCACAGCUUCGGAGGCGCAGGCGCCCCGUGUUAGGCGCCUUGUCCCGGACUUAGGACGCCUCACCAGUUUGGACAUGAUUGAUGACAUGACUGCUUCCAUUUUGCAGAUGAAGAAACUGAGGCUCAGAGAGGUCACACCAGCCUUGAGCCAGCCGUGGACCCCACUCCAUUUCCUGCCUGCGCCUCUUCGUCCCCGAUUUAUUCUUUGCACUCAUUCAUUCCAUCUGGGAGGAUCCCCUCCCGACACCUGCCGGCUUCCCCAAGCUGGGGGCUCUGGGACUCUUCACACCUGCAGGGAUGUCUGCACUGUCCGUGUACCUGGUAGCAGGGUAUAAGAGGGAGGAGGAGGGAAAGAGUGUGUUUUGGGCUGGACCCAGUGUCCCGUUUGAGAAUAAAAACGCUUCUUCCCUUGCA